GCCUGGCCGGGCCGCAGGGAGCGGGGCCUGACCCGGUAGGGCUUGGCCCGGAAGCCCGCCCCCCGCGGCCGCGUGAGCCUCCCUGGCAGGGGCGUGCUGCGGGGCCCGGUGCUUUCCGCUGCACGCCCCUUGGAGCCGGGGUCCCUGCUCGUCGCGGAGCCGCUAGCUCCCGAGCCGCGCCGCUGGUAGCGGUCGGUGAAAGCCCAGCUGGCCUGACCCUCUUCGUUUCUUUCCCCGGAGCGGCGCCGGAGAUGCUCAUCCACAUGGAUCAGAAGGAGGAACUGCGGUUGUCCCGCUCCUGCGAAGGGAAGAGUGCUCUGAGCGGCACCUCAGCUGAAGAUGGGAUUGUGAGCACGAAUGAAGACAAUGCCCAUCAAGGCAUCCCCCGGCCAGUGGAGCCCAAGGGUUUCUGCUCAGGACUCUCCGAGGAGAACAGUUCCCAGGGUCCUGCACAGGACCCUGUUCUCCCACACAGGUCAGAAAGGAUUCAGAGAUCCAAGAGCUUCCAGGUGAGCUCAAACCUCAUCCAGCAUCAGAGAAUCCACACUGGAGAAAAACCCUUCACCUGCGCUGUGUGUGGAAAGAGUUUCCAGCACCGGUCAUAUCUCAUCCAGCACCAGAGGAUCCACACAGGGGAGCGGCCUUUCGAGUGCUCCGAUUGCGGGAAGAGGUUCAGAGAAAGCUCGAAGCUGAUCCGGCACCAGGUAACCCACACUGGGGAGAAGCCUUACAAGUGUGGCAAGUGUGGGAAGAGCUUCUUCAGGAACUCUCAGCUCGUCCAGCACCAGUGGGUGCACACUGGGGAGAAACCCUACGAGUGCAGGACCUGCGGGAAGAGCUUCAGCAUGAAAGCAGGCCUUAUACGACACCAGCGGGUGCACACUGGGGAGAAACCCUACGAGUGCAGGACCUGCGGGAAGAGCUUCAGCGUGAGUGAAGCCCUGACACGACACCAGCGGGUGCACACUGGGGAGAAGCCUUACAAGUGUGCCGAUUGCGGGAUGACCUUCAGCCUGAGCUCAGCCCUGACACGACACCAGCGGGUCCACACCAGGGAAAAACCCUACGAGUGCAGGACCUGCGGGAAGACCUUCAGUGUGAGUGCAGCGCUGACACGACACCAGCGGGUGCACACUGGGGAGAAGCCCUACAAGUGUGCCGAGUGUGGGAAGAGCUUCUCUGACAACUCGCAGCUCCUCCAGCACCAGCGGGUGCACACGGGGGAGAAACCCUACGAGUGCAGCACCUGCGGGAAGAGCUUCAGAGAGAGCUCUAAGCUGAUCCAGCAUCAGGUAAUUCACACUGGGGAGAAGCCUUACAAGUGUGCUGAGUGCGGGAAGAGCUUCUCUGGGAACUCUCAGCUCGUCCUGCACCAGCGUGUGCACACUGGGGAGAAACCCUACGAGUGCAGAACCUGUGGAAAGAGCUUCUCUGAGAACUCACAGCUUACCUGGCACCAGCGCGUUCACACCGGGGAGAAACCCUACAAGUGUACGGAUUGUGGGAAGAGCUUCAGCCGCAGCUCCACGCUCAUGAAACACCAACGUGUCCACACUGGUGAGAGGCCCUAUGUCUGCACCUACUGUGGGGACAGCUUUCGCCAGAGUGGCCACCUCAUUGACCACCAGCGCAUCCACACCGGGGAGCGUCCCUACGUCUGUGCUGAGUGUGGGAAGGGCUUCAGAGCGAGCUCGUCGCUCUUCCGGCACCAGCAGACCCACAGGAGAAUCCACACCGGAGAAAAACGCUUCACCUGCAACAAAUGUGGGAAGAGUUUCCAGUACCGGUCACAUCUCUUCAAGCACCAGCGGGUGCACACAGGGGAGCGGCCCUACGAGUGCUCCGAGUGCGGGAAGAGCUUCAGUGUGAGCUCAAAGCUGAUCCGUCACCAGGUAAUCCACACUGGGGACAAGCCCUACACCUGUGCUGAGUGCGGGAAGAGCUUCUCAGAGAAAUCAAAGCUUGUCCAGCACCAGAGGGUACACACUGGGGAGAAACCCUACGAGUGCAGGAUCUGUGGAAAGAGAUUCAGCAUGUCCUCAUCCCUGACACGACACAAGCGAGUGCACACCGGGGAGAAACCCUACGAGUGCAGGACCUGCGGGAAGAGCUUCAGCGUGAGCUCAAAUCUGAUUGAGCACCAGGUAACCCACACUGGGGAGAAGCCCUACAAAUGUGCCGAGUGCGGGAAGAGCUUCGCCAAGAACUCGCAGCUUGUUCUGCACCAGCGGGUGCACACUGGGGAGAGACCCUACGUGUGUUCCGAGUGCGGGAAGAGCUUCAGCGUUAGCUCAAAGCUGAUUGAGCACCAGGUAACCCACACGAGGGAGAAGCCUUACAAGUGUGCCGAGUGUGGGAAGAGCUUGUCCAACAAGACACAGCUCAUCCGGCACCAGCGGUUGCACUCUGGGGAGAAACCCUACGAAUGCAGGACCUGUGGGAAGAGCUACAGCCUGAGCUCAUCCCUGAUAAAACACCAGCGGGUCCACAGCGGGGAGAAACCCUACGAGUGCAGGACCUGUGGGAAGAGCUUCAGUGUGAGCUCGAAUCUGAUCCGGCACCAGGUAACCCACACCAGGGAGAAGCCCUACAAGUGUGUCGAGUGCGGGAAGAGCUUUUACGAGAACUGUCAGCUCCUCCAGCACCAGCAGGUGCACACCUGGCAGAAAGCCUAUGAAUGUACAGAGUGCGGGAAGAGCUUCAGUGUGAGGUCAGCCCUGAUACGACAUCAGCGGGUCCACACCGGGGACCGCCCCUUUAAGUGCAGUGAGUGUGGGAAGAGAUUUCUGUGGAGGUCAGCCCUGCUGCAGCACCAGCGUGUCCACACUGGCGAGAGGCCCUACGUCUGCACCUACUGUGGGGACAGGUUUCGGCAGAGUCCCCACCUCAUCGAGCACCGGCGCAUCCACACCGGGGAGCGUCCCUACGUCUGUGCCGAGUGCGGAAAGGGCUUCAGAGCGAGCUCAGCGUUCUUCCGGCACCAGCAGACCCACAGGGGUGGGGAGCCCUAGGUGGGGUGAGUGUGGGGAGCAGAGAGGUCUGAUACCCUGUGAGCAAAGCCCGGUCUCUCCCCCUCCCAUUGACCACCCUGCUUGUGGAGGGUGAAAGCAGUUUCUUCCUAGGAGAAUGAGAGCCCUCAGAGGUGAAGAAGAGGAGAGGUGGUGGAGGGAGCUGAUUGGAGGUUUGGGGCAGGUGUCAGGAGGAAGGUGCGUGACUCCUUUCAGUGGUGGGCAGCCCCAGGAUGAGGAGCAGUGGCCAUGAACUGAAACACAAGAG